AUACAUACUUACACUGCAGUCUCCGCGUUCCUCCCAUCAUAAACCAACAAUCCCGGCCCUGGAUCCAUCCCGAUAAGCAGCCCCAAACCCACCACAAAAAAACCCCACUAGCAACCCCGCGAAACCUCCCGCCAGCAACUUUCCGACCUCCCUUUCCCCAAUCCUCCCUCUUUAAACAAAUACACACCCACCCAACAUACAUACGCAAUGGCGCCCACCCUCUCCGAAGACGAUACCGAUGACCUGAUCUAUUUUGCGCGCGCGGGCGAGCUGGCGGAUUUCCGCGAGCAGCUCGAGGCGCUGUGUAAGCGCGAGGGGUGUGCGGUUGAGGAGAUUCUGGCGGCGGUGGCUGUGGAUGGGGAGUCGGGGAAUGGAGUGUUGCAUAUGGCGGCUGCAAAUGGACAUAGUGAAAUACUCAAACACCUCCUCACCACCCUCCCCCCCUCCUCUGCCUCCCUCCCCACCCUCCUCAACACCCGCAACAGCGCCGGCAACACCCCCCUCCACUGGGCCGCACUAAACGGCCAUCUCGCCGCGGUCCAGGUACUCGUCGAGGCCGGCGCGGACCCGUAUAUACAGAAUGGAGUCGGGCAUGACGCGAUCUACGAGGCGGAGGUGAAUGAUAGGAAGGAGGCGGUGGAUUGGAUGUUGAAGGAGGGGGGAGAGGGGUUGGAGGAGCUUGGGGAGGCGGCGGGGGGGGGGGAUGAGGAGAUGGGGGGGGAGGCGGAGGGGAUGGAGGGGUUGAAGGAGGCGGUUGAGGGGUUGAGUGUUGGGAAGGGGAAGGAGAAGGAGGAGGUGUAG